AUGGCGCACAAUCCAGGAGGAGGGGAGCUAGAGGAGGGGACCGCCUCCAACAUGGGUGCAGAACAGGCGAACGCUACAGAGAAGAAGGAGAAGAAGAGACGGAGGGACAAUGCAGAAGAAGCAGAGGACACAUUCCUGCCAGUCUCCAACAUCGCGAGGGUUAUGAAGAAAGCGCUGCACAGCGACACGGUCGUUGCCAGAGAGACUAUUGAGGCUGUCCAGGUCUUCCUCUCUGAAAUGGUACCUGCCGCUGCUGCCCUCCUGCGAGCUCCGUUGAGAGCUACUCUUCAGGUCAUGGUUGUAGUCGGGGAAGCAACGCAACACUCCCUGGAUGAGAACAGGUGGGCCCUGAGACAGCUGGGAAUGGAGGUGUACAACCAGCCGCUGAACGAGUACUUGCAUGCUUAUCAGAUGCAUCCAACCAAGAAGGAGACCGUCCUGUCCAACAACGCCAACUGUCUCAUCAUCUUCCGCGACUGCAAAGACGUGAUCUUGCAGAGGAAGGCGAAGCUGCUGGUGCAGGGGAGACUCUACGGCCUCCAGCCCUCCAUGGUGACAUGGCUGCCGCGGCAAGCGAUGAGAGUGCUGGUAGAGCGCAAGGUAGAAGCGUCUAGGAUGGAGGAGGAGGAAGAGGAGAAGGAGGAGGAGGAGUCAUGUGGGGUGCGGACAGGGGAGACAUGGAGUCUGGCAACGGAUGCUUCAAGUGAGACGGAGGAGAGCGACGAGGAGGAGGAGGAGGAGGAGGAGGAGGAGGAGGAGAUCGUACAAGUCAUCAGCAUGCGAGAGCUGCACGCGCUGGAGAAGUCCAUCACAGCAGCAGAAGUGACGAGCGUGACGAGUCAUACAGCAUCCUGGGAGUACCUUGAAAACCCGUUCGGCCAGCGGCUGCUGCAGCUGACGCUGAUCGGAGCUAGGUUGAAGUAUCAGGGUUAUGGACUUGCCCACCAUCUCCUGAAGGUGCUGAAAGAUGCUGAUGUGGUGGGGAGAUGGGAUGCCCUGAUUGUUUGGGCGGGAGUCGAUGCGAGAGAAUGGUUCUUGAGGCAGGGGUUCACAGAUGAUCGCAUUCUCAACUCUCGCUACGAGAAGUUCGUUCCAAAGUGGGAGGACAGUGUUCUGAUGUCGAUAACAUCAGCCACCGAUGCUACAGAUUCAGACAUCGACGUAAAGAUCGAGAGGAGAGUGCCUAGUCGCGAUGUUUCCCAGCUGAGAACUCAGCAGGUGGAGGAGAAAGAAGGAGAUAUUGAAGCAAGUUUCUGCAAGUUGGCUGCCUUCGAUGCAAGGAUCCUCGCAUCCGGACUGAACGACUUCCCUGUCAUGAAUAUGUUCUGCUCCAUGACGUCGAAACUGGAUGAUGCUCUUCACGCUGGGAGGCAGCUGGAAUCGGGGGAUUUCGAUGAUCCGAACUCAGCCAACAGCUUCGGCAUCGGGUUGUAUCUCUCAUUGCAUGGGAGACAAGCUAUGAAGAUGAGCGGGGAACUUGCGAGAGUGGUAGUUUUCAAGGAAGUGCAGCAGCAGCAGCAGCAGCAGCAGCAGCAGCAGCAGCAGCAGCAGCAGCAGCAGCAGCAGCAGCAGCAGCAAAGUGGCAUUGGGAAAUACAGAAACUCAGUUAAAGCAUGA